AACCGAGCGCGGCAAGUUCGGAUCGUGCUGCCGAAAAGCGGCUCGUACCGAGCGUACGCCGCAGUUACGAGCGGACCUCUGAACGGAGCGGAACUUGGAGACUGCAAGUCCGCCCAAAACAAUCCCACCCAGCACGAGAUGGGCCUGCCGCGAAUCAGGAAUCUAGUGGCACCGUUGUGCUUCCUGCUGUUGGCCAGCAGCUGGCUAGUGAGCGAUGUAGACUGCGCGAAAAAGGCGGCCGGCAGUGUGCCGGCCCCGGCCCCCGAGGCCACGAUCGAGGAAGUGUCGGCGAAGCAGCUGGAGCGGUUACUAGAGGAUAAGGAUUACGUUGCAGUGUACUGGUAUGCCCGCAGCUGUACCACCUGCGACACAGUAUUAGCAGAGCUCGAGCACAUCGACGAUGAUACCGAUUCGUUCGGUGUCGACUUUGUGAAAAUCAACGACAAACGACUCGCAAAACAGUAUGGCAUCACGAAGUUCCCGGCCCUCACCUACUUCAGGGAGAAGGAACCGAUCAUCUACGAGGGCGACCUUAUGGAUGAGGCCGGUGUGCUCGACUUUCUUACCUCGCUGGAAGCGAUGGAUCUGCCCGACCGGAUCGAGGAAGUGAAUGCCAAAAUUCUGUCCAAAAUCAUCGAGGACUCCGACUACGUUGCGGUACUGUUCUGCACUGAUCACGAAAACUGCCCACCCGGAAACAACAACAAGCCGGAAUGUAAGAAGUGCAUCAAGGCGCUGCAGGAGCUGGAAAACAUCGACGACGAAGCGGACCAGCUCGACAUCGGAUUCGUGAAGAUCCACGAUGAAGAUCUGGCCGAGGAGUACAACCUGGGCCCGCUGCCAAAGCUGGUCUACUACCGUCACCAGACUCCGAUCGUUUACGAGCACGAGCUGCAGCGUGAGGAGGACGUGCUGGAAUGGCUGGUAGAGAACAAGGCCACCGGUGACGAUGAUGAUGUCAUCGAGGAGGUCAACGCCAAGACGCUCAAAACUCUAAUCCAGAACAUCGACAAUCUGGUCGUGCUGUUCUACGACGACGAAGAUGAAGACUCGGAAUCGGUGCUGCAGGAGUUGGAAAACAUCGACGAUGACUGCGCCAAGCACGGUAUCCAGUUCGUCCGGAUCGACGACCCGAAGGUUUCGAAGGAGUACGGCAUCGAUGAGGUCCCGGCGAUCGUGUACUUUGAGAAGCAGAUCCCCAACGUGUACGAUGACGAUCUGACCGAUGAGGAGGAGAUCCUGGAAUGGUUGCUGUCUCAGCUGGAAAAGGACGAGAUCGAGGAUGUUACGGACGAGAUGCUGGACAAGCUUAUCAAGGAAGGCAAAUCGAUCGCCGUGUUGUUCUACGACAACAAUGACAAGAAAUCGGAAAAGGUACUGAACGAGCUCGAGAACAUCGACGACGAGUGCGAUCAGCUCGGCAUCAACUUCGUAAAGAUGGACGAUGUCGAGGAGGCGAAGGACUACGGUGUCACCAAGUUCCCGAAGCUGGUGUACUUCGAGCAGGGCAUACCGACCGUGUACGAGGGCAGCCUGGAGCAGGAGGAGGACGUGCUCGAAUGGUUGGAGCGCCAGACGAACAGCGACGAAAUCGAGGACGUUACCGACGAGAUGCUGGACAUGAUCAUCGAAAAGAUGCAGCAUGUUGCCGUGCUGUUCUACGACAAGGACUCGAAGACGUCGCAGAAGGUGCUGGCCGAGCUGGAAAACAUUGACGACGAGUGCGAUCAGAACGAUAUCGCCUUUGUCAAGAUCGACGAUGACAGCGAAGCCAAGGAGUGGGGCAUCGAGGAACUGCCUACCAUGAUUCUGUUCGAACGCGGUAUUCCACACAUCUACGAAGGUGAUCUGCUGAAGGAGGAGGAACUGCUCGGCUGGUUGGUGCACCAGAAGCGUCAUUCCGAAAUCCCGGAAAUUACCGACGAAAUGAAGGACAAGCUGAUGCAGAUGUACGAUCACGUUGCCAUCAUCUUCUACGACAAGGACGACAAGCAGGACAUCCGUGUGCUGAACGAGCUGGAAAACAUCGACGAUGAGCUGGAAAAGGAAGAGAUCGUCAUUGCCCGCCUGGACAAUGCGGAGGAAGCGCGCGAGUACGGUCUCGAUCAUCUGCCGGCGCUGGUAUACUUCGAGAACGAGAUUCCCGCCAUCUACGAGGGUGAUCUCAUGAACGAGGAGGAGGUGCUGGAAUGGCUCAAGCUGCAGAAGUACUCGGCCACCAUCGAGGAGGUGACGGACGAGAUACUGCAGGACCUGAUCGAGGACCACGAGUACGUGUGCGUCUACUUUAGCGGGGCGUGCGAGGAGGGCGAGAAGUGUGACAAAAUUCUCGACGAUCUCGAAAACAUCGACGACGAGCUGGACGAAGCCGGUAUCAUCUUUGUCACCACCGAAGAUAUGGUCACUGCCAAGAAAUACAACAUCAAGAAUAUUCCGUCGCUCGUGUUCUUCCGCAACAAGGAUCCGCUGAUCUUCUCGGGCGAUCUGAACGACGAGGAUGAGGUGCUGGCCUGGUUGACCGACGAGGAGACGCUCGAGAUUCCCGGCAAGAUUGAGGAGGUCAACAUCAAGAUGCUGGAAAAGAUCCUGUCGGAAAACGAGCACAUUGUUGUGUUCUUCUAUCACGAUGACGACAAGAAGGCGCAGAAGAUUAUUGCCGAGCUGGAGAACAUUGACGAUGAGUGCGAGGAGAAGGACAUCGAUUUCGUCAAGACGUCCGACGAUGACAUUGACAAGGAGUACGAUCUCGACAAUCUGCCCGCAUUGGUCUUCUACCGCAACAAGUUCCGCACGAUCUACACCGGCGACAUGAUGAAGGAGGAGGAGAUCCUCGAGUGGGUGCUGGAGCAGUACAACACCAAGCCCGAGAUCAUCGAAUCGGUCGAUCGCAAAACGCUGCAGGUGUUGGUUAACGAGGUCGAACAUCUUGCCGUACUGUUCUACGAUGACGACUGCGAAACGUGCCCGAAAAUUCUCGAGAAGCUGGAAACGAUCGACGACGACACGGACAAGCACCACAUCCAGUUUGUGAAGGCCAACGAUGAGAAGCUGGCCCACGAGAUCGGAAUCUUCUCGUUCCCGGCCCUCGUCUAUUACGAAACCGGUGUCCCGAUUAUGUACGAUGGUAAUCUCAAGAACGAAAAACGCAUCUUGCAGUGGCUAAUUGAUCACAAAAGAAGGUACGAUAUCAAGCAGAAGUACGGCUUGACGCGGGAACGCGUCCCGGUUGUGUUUUCCGACCCGGAGGAGGAAGCCCGCCAGGCACGGCUUCUGGCGGAGGCGCGUGCCCGGUCCGGGGUGCCGGAACGUUCCAUUUUGCGCCCAUCUGCGUCGUCGUCGUCGUCGUCGUCGUUUACCGUCCCAGGCUCAUCCCGUUCGUUGUCCACCCGGCUAGACAAUAAGCUACCGAAACCGAAGCUCCGCAGGCGUUACACGGACGAUGUGGAGGAGCUCGAGCGGGAGGAUCGUAUCGACAAGAAACGAUCCGGUGGCAAGAAACUGAAGCCUAUCCCGCGGCUCGAUGCGGUAGAGCAGCCGAAACCGGCCGGCCCGGGUAAAGCCACUGCCGGCACGAAGGACACGAAGGGUAAAGCGGGCUCCACCGCCACCGCCACCACCACCAAGUCCACCACGGCCACGCCGUCCAGUAAAUCCGCCAAGACCAGCAAACCCGAACCGAAACCUGCCAAGGUGGCAGCAAAAAAGUCUACCCGCCCUGUCGAAGAUGAUGAUGAUGAUGACGAAGGUGACCUACUGAACGAAUACGACGUCCUGGAUUGGAUGCACGGGCAGAAGACGGACGAAAGCAUCCAGGAGGUGGAACGGGACGAGCUGUUGAGCCUGAUCGAGAGCAAAGACUUCCUCGGGGUAGUUUUCUACGUUGAGGACGAUCCGAACACGCCCAAAAUUUUGCGCCACAUCGAGCUGAUCGAUGACGAGGCCGCCGACUACGGUAUUCUGCUGGUCAAGUGCAGCGAUCGGCUGAUGGCGAAGAAGUUUGGGUUCCGCAACCCGCCCGGCGUCACCUACUUCCGCAAGGGCAAAUCGAUCAACUACGACGGUGACAUCGACGACGAGGAGGAGCUGCUCGAUUGGCUGACCGAUCCGCACAACAUGGAGAUGACCGAUCACAUCGAAAAGGUGAACCGAAAGAUGUUCCAGAAGAUCCGCCAGGCGUCCGACUAUUUGGCCGUGUUCUUCUAUAGCGACGACUGCAAACAGUGUCCACGCGUGCUGGCCGAAAUCGAGCACAUCGAUGACGAGGCGGACGGUGCCGGCAUCAACUUCGUCAAGAUCGACGACAAACAGAUGGCCAAGGAGCUCGGCGUGUACGCGCUGCCCGGUAUCGUUUUCUUCAAGUUGUCCUCUAAGGAACCUGUCAUCUACGCAGGUGAUCUGAACGACGAGGACGAAAUCUUGAACUGGCUGAUGACGCAGAAGAACCCCGGCGGUGACAUUAUCGAGGAUCUGGACGGUGCGAAGCUGUUGAGCCUGAUCGAGGAUUCCAACGCACUGGCUGUCUACUUCUGGAACAAAACGACUUGUGAAGCUUGCUUUACAAAGGCUGCCAAGAAGCAGCGCAAAGCGAAGGAACGUAAAGGUCCGCUGGAUGCGGCAUCAUCGGCGGAGGUAGUAGACGAUGGUGCUUCCGAGGAUUCGCCGCUAGAUGGCGAUGCUCCAUCGACACCAGCAGCAGCAGCAGCAGCAUCUACGGCGCAGGCAUCCGUGGAGGACACGGACGACUGUGAGCAGUGUUCGGGUGUGCUCGAGUCGCUGGAAAACAUCGACGACGACUGCGACCGGCACGGUAUAAUGUUUGUCAAAACGGAUGAUCUCUCGAUCGCGGAACAGUACGGCAUCUCCGAAUAUCCGGUGCUGGUGUACUUCGAGGACAAUGUGCCGAACGUGUUUGAAGGUUCGCUCGAUGAAGAGGAGGAAGUGCUCCAGUGGCUGAUCACGCAAAAGACCGAAGACCGUAUCGAGCUGAUUACGCGCGUCAUGCUGGAAUCGAUGGUGGACGAAACGCAGUACCUGGCUGUGUACUUCUACAAAACCAAAUCACCCUCGUACUGCCGAAGUUUUUGUUCUGCGGAAAACAUACGCAAGCGAAAGGAAUUUGCACGGGAAGGAAUCUCAGACAAGAUUAACUGCAACAUCUGCGACCAGAUACUGGAAGGUUUGGAGGUGAUCGACGACGAGCUGGACGUGUUCGGUAUACACAUGGUGAAGAUACAGGAUCCCCAGCUGGCGAAGCGCUAUUCCAUCAAGACAUUCCCGGCGCUGGUGUACUUCAGAAACGGUAAUCCACUGAUCUACGAAGGUGAUCUGCAGAACGAACAGUCCGUGCUCGAGUGGCUGGUUGACGACGACAAUCGUGAGCUGGCGGACGAGAUCGAGGAAGUGAACGAGCGCAUGCUGGACCGGCUGAUGGAACAGUCGCCCCUGCUGUGUGUGUUUUACUACGAUGAGGAUUGCGCGGAAUGUGACGAUAUUCUGGAGGAGCUCGAGCUGAUCGACGGUGAGGUGGAUCUGUACGGUAUCGAUUUCGUGAAGGUGGCCAGCCUGGAUGCGGCCCACAAGUACGGCGUCACGACGAUCCCUUCGCUCGUGUACUACCGCAAGCAGAUCCCGAUGCUGUACGACGGUGACAUGCACGAUCACGAGCGUGUCAUGAACUGGCUAACGUCGCAGGAUGUGUUCGAGAUCAAGAACGAAAUCGAGGAGGUAAAUCGCAAGAUGCUGAACAAGCUGCUGGACGAGAACGAAUUUUUGGCCGUCUAUUUCUUCGAGGAAGACCACGAGGAAAGUGAGGCAGUGCUGGAAAAGCUGGAACUGAUCGACAGCGAAACGGACAACCUGGACAUCACGUUCGUCAAGAUGGGUGACCCACGGUACGCGCGCAAAUGGGGCGUCACCAAACUGCCCGCGAUCGUCUACUUCCGCAAGCGCUUCCCGAGCAUCUACCGGGGCGACAUGUACGACGAGCAGGACGUGCUCGAAUGGUUGCGCAAGAACCGAUUCCGCCAGCCGGAGCUGAACAUCUUCAUGUACGCACUGAUCGCGCUCGGUCUCGGGUUCGUCAUCUACACUGCAUUUUUGCUCCAGUGCUUCAAGCCUGCCCCGCCCGCACCCGUGCCCCAUCCGAAGCAAAACUAGGUGUUCCCAGGCACUUGGCAAAAAAAAUAAAAAAAACGGGGGUCAGCAGCUAGGGUACAUAUUCUUCCAGAGUAAACGUUAUGAGUGGUGGAACGGGAGUUCCGCAUGCGUCCACCAAGUGACAUUUUGAUUUUUAAGGUCAAAUAAGAGAGAGAGAGAGAAGAGAGCAGCCAAAGAUUGCUGAGCUCUUCUUGCGUGAAGCCCAUCCCCAUCCCCAUCCCCAUUUCCCCCCCUUGUUGGUCCCUUACGUUCCUCUGCGUUCCAUGGUCUACCAUACCAACUGCCCCCGGGAAACCGUGCACGCGCACACACACUAUCUUGGACAAGUGUGUACUAGAGAUGGUUGAAUUUUUGUUAUAGAAAAAGUUUGCAAACAUUAUGCGGAAAAGCAGAGCGAAAGGGAAGACCUUAAGAAGAGAAAUAAACAAAAAUCGAUAAAUAUAACAGUUUUCUCCACUGUGAUCAUAACACUCUGUUGAAGAUGAUGAUGCUGAUGAUAAUGACGAACACGACGGGCAUAACCAACCCAAUGUGGAGGAGGUGAGACAUUACAACAACAACAAAAAAAAAACCCAAAAAUAAGAAACCCAGAAGGGAGGAGGUAUAAAGUAAGGGAAACAAAACCCAGCAUCCACAUUACUUUACGCAUUCUUCCACGGGUCCAAAAAGAGAGAAAAAAAAAGGGUGGAAACUUUUGAAUGUAAAAACCUACAAAAAAAAAAGAAACAGACAUACGAAAACGAAAUGCAACAAAUCUGCUUUUGUUGGCAGCAAACGGUGGCAGCUAAACUGCAUUUUUCAUCCCAUUUUGUACAUUGUUUACAAAUGCAAAUGGAUAGGAUGGAUGGACGGACCAUCGGCAUGGCAACACCGCUAGCAGCCAGUCCCGAGUGGUUUUGAGCGUUAGCUAGAUAGAGCAGUAGUCGCGCGAACUGCCGCAAGGAUGGACGCCCUUUUUGUAACUAGGCGAAAAGGUCCCACGUCACCACGUGCGCGCAAGUGUACUACCAUAUGCAAUGGAAGUGGCGAAACAAAUCGAAAAGACACAAUCGACAUAAACGAAGUAGACGACAAGCGAGCCAGAGCCUUUGGCAACAUUGGUACCCCCCCAUUUGGGUAAUGAUGAUGUGAGUGGAUUUCUGUUUCUGUUGUUACCGUCUCUACCUAGCCCUCACGCCUUCCUCUGUUUCAAUUUUUUUUUCUUUCUGUCUCUGAUUUGUAUUUACUAUGUCUCUGACGCUCUCUCUCUCUGUGUUAUGUUUUUACCUGCCCCCGUAUAACAUUGUACAUUUAAAAAGAAAGGAGAGAGAGAGAGAGAGAGGGGGGAAUAAUCAAUCAACACAAGUCAUAAAGCAAUAGACUUUGCAAUUAGCUACAGUUUUGUUGGUAACAUGAUGGUUUUCUAUGCUUAUGUUAAUGUAGAAUUAAAAACCUUGAAGAAAAAACGAUAAGUGAAUGUAAGAACGGUCAUACUAUCCCUAACAUUGCACAACACACAGAUGCUGUAAAUAAAGAAAAAAUGAAUACCGGCCAGCUUCUGGCCGGUAGCCGAACCGAAAAA